AUGCACUGGUGUGACGGUAAGGUGGCAGAGCAUGCCCUGCUCAACUGGCUCAAGGUGCGCAUCGAGUCCAAUGCCAUGUACACCCACAAUAUGAAUGGUUUCAGCACAUGCCUCUCGACACAGGAUGCCAUGAAGCUGAUAAAGCAUCAGAUCAUCGACCGGAGCACGGGAGAUACCAGAGCCAUCCUUGGAUUAGACCUGCAGAAGGCCUUCGACAAUAUCUCCCACGUAUUCAUUCUCCAGUCUAUUGCCGGCCUCGGGGUCGGGAAGAGGGCCUACGACCUCGUCCGAUCCUUUAUUAUCCAGAGAACUGCGAAGCUCAAGAUCGAAGGAUAG